UAUCAUCCGAACACUCUGCUCAUCUCCUGCUCCAGUGGGUCCUCUACAAGCUUCAACUGCAGCCAGACGCUGGUCCUCCCAAACAGAUCCACUAAGGCUGCAUUGUUCCCCAGUCAGAGAUAAAAAGGUGUGGACUUAAGGUGACCUUACUCACAUCCUCGCAGAUAUGACAGCUCAACAUCUGUGUGUCUGCCUGCUGGCCGUUGUGUUAACUGUGACUAGUGCGGAGAAGCCAUCGGUGUCUGAUGGGGAUGGUGCCAUCCUGUUGACAAACUUCCCCUUUGAGGCCAGCAGUCCAGAUGCAGGAGACAAGGAUGCUGGCGAGGGAAUAGGGCAAGCAGUCCCAGGAGCUGUGCAGGUGUCUGACGUAGGCCAGGGGAACACUCUGGCUCCUGUGCUGCUGAGUGAGGACGCACUCUCUCGUCUCCUGCAAGGUUCUGAGCAGGAGCAGCAAGAUGUUGGAGAAGAUGAGGACAAGCUGGAGGAAGAGGAAGAGGAGGCAGGGAGGAGUUCAGAGUCAGAGACACCAGUAGCUUUGGACUACACUGCCAACAGUGAGGCUGUAGACCCUUCGCCCACCAAGGUGGAGGAGACCAGCAAGGCCGAGGACGAAGAGAAGGUUGGGGCGGAGCUACCCACAGCCAUGGCAGACUACGAUUCCCAGGAGUCUUUGGAAGAAGCUGAGGACCCCAGAGAGGGAAGCCAAGAGGCUGACCAGGCUGUACCUGUAGAGGUUUCUGAAGAUGAGCAGGAGGAGGAACUCUGGGAUACUGAGAAACGCGAAUGCUACAAAGGGCCUGAGGCAGAGAAAGGCACCAGUGAUAGAGGUAGCCAUGCUAAAGGCAGCAGGAGGAAGGCUGGGCACAUGAGGAAGGAGCAGAACUCCUCUCAGAGUGGCCAGGCCUCUGGGAGUGAGGUGUCCAGUGGGCGUGCUCAAAGACCAGAACCUGAAAAAGGACCAGACAGCAAACUCAACAUGGAACACAAGGGAAAGAGGAGGCACAAGAAGUGGACCUCUCUGGUAGGACUGAACCCUGUGCAAAUCUGGGCCUCGGUGAGCCUGCUCCCCAGGAGCAAACCCAUGGCUCGAGCCAGACCCGGCCCCAGGGGGCAGGACGCCCCAGCCGAUCCAUGUGAGAACUUCCCCUGUAAAUCGGGCAGGAAGUGCAAGUUGAACGAGGAGAUGGAGCCCAGCUGCUUGUGUCAAGAACCUGCACAGUGCCCUUCUGAGAAUCUCACUGAGCUGGAACACGUGUGUGGAACAGACAACCAGACAUACCAGACGUCCUGUCACCUGUUUGCCACUAAGUGUCAUCUGGAAGGCACUAAGAAAGGCCACAGGCUGCACCUGGACUACAGCGGCCCCUGUAAAUUUAUCCCGCCAUGCUUAAACACAGAGCUGCAGCAGUUUCCCCUGCGUAUGAGGGACUGGCUGAAGAACAUCCUCCUUCAGCUGUACGAGCAUGACUCCGUCACCCCCGGCCUCCUCACAGCUAAGCAGAGGGCCAGGGUCCAGAAGCUGCAUGACAGUGAGAGACGUCUCCAUGUUGGCAGCCAUGCCGUCGAGCUGCUUGCUCUAGACUUUGAGAAGAACUACAACCUGUACAUUUAUCCAGUGCACUGGCAGUUCGCACAGCUCGAUCAACAUCCCACAGACAGGGUGCUCACACACUCAGAGCUGGCACCCCUCCGUGCCUCUCUCGUUCCCAUGGAGCACUGCACUUCUGUCUUUUUCCGCCGCUGCGACACGGACAGAGACAGGCUGCUCUCUCUCAGGGAGUGGUGUCAAUGUUUCGGCCUCAAGCACGAGGACAUGGAGAGACAACUGCUUUUCUGACCGUGAAUCACCUCACCAACACAGUCAUAGCACCAACAGACAGAAGGACCAGGACAGGCAUGUUGUGCGCACACUGAGACUGGUGUCACAUCACAGGUCAACGGGUUCAGGGAACAGUGAGGAGGUACACGGAUGGAACCUUACGUUAUGCCUACAGCUUCAGAUAGAGGACAAGAAUGUCUGUGGUGAAGAAAACCUUUGAGAAAAAUGAUCUAUAAAUGUAGCUGACAUAAGAAACAUCCCUAACCCUAACUCUAGCCUAACCUUAACCCUAACCCUAACCCUAAACUAACCCUCACCCAACCUUGGCUGCAGGAAAGAAAGUGAUAAGUAGUUAAUACAUGACUGCAUUCUUCAUUCUAAUACCUAAUAACAGAGAGAUUGUGUUUCUGUACAUUGCAACAGGGGAUAUGUUUACACAAUAGUAGUAUGCA